GAGAGGUUGACGGUUGCUAGGUGACGGGGCGCAUAUACUGAAUUUUAACAAAAGAACAGGGAAAGAGGGAGAGAGAGAGAGAGGGAGAGAGAGUGAGAGAGGAGGAGAGAGGGAGGGAGAGAGGUAAGAGGAGAGAGACCGGAGAAAUUGAAUACAUGAAGAGCACAUAUAUAUUUAGAUAUAUAUAUUUUCCCCGGCGUGUGUGUGUGGGGGUGUGUGUGUGUUUGCGUGUGUGUGCGUGUGUGGCGUGCGUGGCGGUGGCGGCGGCGGUGGCAGCAGUAGCGGCGGCGGCGGCGGAGGCGGCGGCGGGGGACACCCGCAAAACGGAUACCUCAAAAAGGAAGGAUGUGAAAAAGGAUGGAGGGACGCAGGAAGAGAGGGGGGACAGGCUGGUGAAAAACAGCACCCUCUCUUAGUGCGAUAUAUAUCUGCCUCCCCCCCUCGGCAGGUUGCCAUGGUCGCCAUACCUACUCUCUCUCUCCUAUUGGUCCUGGCAGAGUGGACAGGUCUGGUGGACGCCUCCCCCCACCUCCUGCUCCGGCCCAGUCCGCGGGAGCGUGAUGCAGGGGCCAUGAUGAACUUCAACAUCGCCGUGAUCCACGCUGGUGCUACAGUGGCGGCAGAGGCGUCGGUGUCGGGGUCAGGGGGCAGGGUCCUCUACCCUGGUUUCGGCCGGGUGUACGGCUCCCUGGGCGAGAGCGUGGUCACCCAGUGGGGCUCUGCUAAUGUCAUCUGGCUACAGGUGAAUGACAGUAGUCCAAAGACGGUGCUGUCCCAGCUGUGUGAGCUGCUGGCGGCGCGGCCCCUGCAGGGUCUGGUUUAUGAAGAGGAGAGGCCCCCUCGCACAGCCUGGGGUCCAUUGGCCCCCAUGCUGGAGUUUGUCUCGGCGCAAACAGGACUGCCCAUAGUGGCUGUAGGAGGGGGAGCGGGGCUGGGGAGGAUGCCACAGGUAGGAGGAAGGGUGUUGGCAUUGAGGUGGGAGAGAGAGAGCGAGUGUGUGAGUGUGUAUGAGCGAGAGAGAGAGAGAGAGAGAGAAAGGUGAGAGAGAGAGGAGAGAGAUGGAUGGAUAAAAGAGGACAAGUGUCCCAAACGUGUGAUUGUUUUGCUGCAAAUGUGUGGACUGGCGAGUGGGACAAUGUUAAUUAGGUUGGUGCUGUAUACUAAAGCAGUAUGGAUUGACAGCAGUAUAAAACAUGCACAGAGGGCUUGGUCCUUUUUUUACACAGAUUGAAUGAAGUGUAAUGGAUGAGUUGCUCAUUGCCGUAACGACUUACAAUGUCACACUGUCGCACAUCCUCUCUGUGAAGAAAAGGUUUGGGAAAGUGCCGGUGGGACGGAGCAGGAAGUUGAAGGUCAGGGUCACUGAUCUGCUGAAACUCUGCAGUGUUUGAUCUGUAAAUGGCACCAACUGGGGCUGUUGCUCAGCCUCUGAUGUUCCUGGGAGGGAGGCAAUGAGCAGACAUGGGCGGCGUGUGUAUGAGUGCGUAAGGGCAUGAGUGUGUAUGUGUGUGCACUGUGAACUUGUGUGCAUCAGAGAAAUCUAGUGCCACAUGCUUGCCAAUGCCAAAUGAGAGGGAAGUACAAAAAGCGUUGCAUUACUUGCUAACAAAUACUGUUUUAACCAUUUACUCUUGAGGAAUUAAAUUGUAUCACUUUGAUGAACUUGCUUUGAGGACGCGCGCUCCUCAUCCCC